AUACAAUGCAUUCAAAUGACAUUGUCUGCGCGUUUCUGUUUGAGUUCGGGAAAGUAAACGUCAGUCGAGAACAAUGUCGUUGUUUCGAAUUUCAUUUCUGAACUAAACAAAACCUCCAAAAUACACAUCAAAUACAAAACUAAGAAAACAUAGCAUCCAUGGAAGACGAUCAUACUGCCCAGGAAGAAAAAACCAACGGCGUCAAAACCCUAGCCUCAUUCUACUCCAGUUAUCUAUCGAACCGUUUAGCGACUUUACUUCCCUCCUCUGACUCUUACGUUUUCGGGAAAAUUUCAAAUCUCUGCCGCCAAACAGUCCGCUGCACUUCUCGCAAACGCAGAGCUUGUCUCCCUCUUCCCUUGCCUUCCUACACGCCCGAAUCUUCUCUGGUUGUGAAACAGGCAUCUAGAGUAUAUGAAGUUUUGGAGGAUAUAUUAGAGUGCGCUUUAACAAAUUUGCAUAAUAUACAGAAGAAUUUGCAAUUUUGGCAAUCUAGAGCAGAGGGUUCUAAUUCUAGAAAAUUAUACUUCAUGAUCUUUGAGAGAGGGCCUAGGGCUUUCAUUAAUGGAACUGUUCAAUUAUUGCAAGAAUGUAUUGCUCAGGGUCCUUCAAUGCAGCAUAUAUGUCAAUCUGCAUCUGCUUAUAUAUCUGAGAGGCUGACUGUUUUAACUGCAUUAAGGCGCGUAUUGGCUACAUUUUUGGCUGAGGUCUACAUGGAAGUUGAUAUACAUGGAGAAGAGUUAAUGAAGGACCCAGAACAGUACUUACAAUCAUUUUUAGUUACUAUCAAUCGCUUAUUUUCAAAUUUGGAGGCAUCGAUUACUCAUUUAUGUGUGAUACACCAGUCUGAUCCUUCUGUUGAUGGAAACUGUUCAUUUCCUCUGCUGUUUGAGACUCUGCCAGAAGUUAAUCGAGAAGGGUCUCAGUGGACUGACCAUGAAAUGACGGAUUCCAUUGACUUGGUAUAUAAAAAUCUACAGAAAUUGGAUUCUUUCUUGUCUCUUAUAGUUGCCAAACACCAAAAGCCAAAGAAAGUGACUCAGUACUGGAUCCGUUACACGUGUGGUGCAGUUGGCCUUUCUGUUUGUUCUAUGUGGCUCCUCAGGCAUAGUCGUUUGAUGGGAAGUCCUGAUAUUGACAAUUGGAUUCGUGAAGCAAAGGACUCAACUGUUAUCUUCUUUAAUGAACAUGUGGAACAACCGCUUCUGUCCAUUAGAGAUGAACUUUUUGAGACAUUCAGGAAGAGACACAAAGGGGUUAUGGAGAUAGAAGAAGUGCAGUUGACUGCAAAUUCUUUGCACAGAAUGUUACUGGCUUUCAGCGAGCAGACAAAAGGUCAAAAGUUUCCAGAGAAUGCUUCAGAUCAAGAAUUGAUGGAAGUAGUUAUGGGAAGGUAUGAAAAGGAACUGACGCAUCCUAUUCAAAAUCUUCUAAGUGGAGAGCUUGCUCGUGCUUUACUUAUCCAGGUUCAGAAGCUAAAACUGGACAUUGAGACGGCAAUGCUUGAACUGAAUCAGAUUCUCAAGGCAAAUGAAAUAAACUUUGCUAUUCUAGCUGCCUUGCCAGCAUUUUUUCUCUCUCUCAUUCUUCUAAUGUUAAUACGGGCAUGGUUUAAACAGGAUACUAAAGCAGAAGGAAGAGGGAGAGUUGCCCGACGCCAAAGGAGGCUACUCUUGGUGGAGGUCGAGAAAAAGAUUAUGCAAUAUCAAACAUUUGUUGAUCAAGGACUGGAAAAAGAGUCGCAUUGCAUGUUUGGAUUGGUAUUAUACAGUUUAGAUCGCCUGUUUCAUGCUGUUGAGAGGCACGCAAAAGCAACUGGUGAAUGGCAAUGUUUGAGACAGGAUAUUAUUGAUCUGGGAAAACCGAGAGUUCAAACCUCGUAUAAACUUGUAGUGACAUCACGAAUGGAGCGUGUCUAUGAGUGCUUGCUUCCUUCAUUAAAACAACAAUAGCUUUCUUUCUUUUUCUUUUCCUAUGAAUUCUACUGACCAUCAUAGUGAAAAGUAGGAAAAGCCCCAACUAAUUUUGCUGCAAAUUUCAGUUUUUUAAGGAGCAUGUGCUCAUCAAGUCGUACAGUUGGUUCCUUUACAAAGGUAAAUCUCUCGGUUGGUUAUUUCUGGUCCACAUCUGCUUUCACAUUUUGCUUAGGAGUUUCGGUUACCAUAAUCUUUGUAAUCUUGUAUCAAGAUUAUUCUAUCGAAAAGUAGAAAAGAAAAAUCAGAUUAUAGACCGAUUCAUUGUCGGCCUCAUGUUUUUUAAUCCCUUCAUAGCUUCUCAGUGAGCAACAUCUGAUUUUGUGUUGUAAUGUAUAUGCAAGUAAGUUUCCCACUG